AUGGCGGCCACGGCCUUCCUCGCGGCGCCAUUCCACGCCCCGGGCGCCGCGCCUCGCGCGGAAGCCGCGGGAGCCGCGGGGCCGGCGGGACCGCCGGCGGCGCCGGCGGCUGGGGGCGCCGUCGGCUGGCGCACGGAUGGCGCCUGGGGCCUUGUUGGCCUCGCCGCCCUCGCGGCGCGGCGCCGAAAGGUUGCAGGGAGGACUCGGGCGGCGGCAAGCCCCAAGAGCCCAGAGGUCAAGGGCCCCAAAGGCCCCGAGGGCAAGCCGGAGGCGAAGGCCAAGCGGCCGGCGGCCUUUGAGCCCAGCAAGCAGAUCGGAGUCACCGCGCCCCUGGGCUACUUCGACCCCCUGGGUAUCGCGCCCAAGGACGAGGAGACCUUCUUCGAGUACCGGGCCUGCGAGAUCAAACACGGGCGGGUGGCCAUGAUGGCCGCGCUGGGCGCCGUGGCCCAGCACUUUGUGAGGCUCCCGGGCUUUGAGCAGACCAUCUGGGGCGAGCCGAUGCCCGCGGGGAUCCGCGCGGCCUGGGCCAACCCCGCGGCCUUCGGCUUCGUGGCGCUGGCGCUGGUGGCGGGUGUGUUGGAGUUCACCAUCUGGAAGGAGGACCCUGAGAGGGGCGCAGGCAACUUCGGGGACCCGCUGGGCCUGAACCAGUACACGGAGGACAUGCGGAACCGGGAGCUGAACAACGGCCGCUUCGCCAUGUUCGCUGCGCUGGGCAUCGUGGCGGCAGAUCUGGCCACGGGCAAAGACGCCGUGCAGCAGCUGGGCCUGUGA